GCAGGACCAGAGGGAGCGGCCUCCGGUUGCGGCAGGGAAGGUCUGGGCUGGACGUCGUGAGAAAUGUCUGGAUAGAUUGUCAGGCGUUGGAGCGGGCUGGCCGGGAAAGGGGUUGGGUCGCCAUCCCUGGAGGCGUUUGAAAGACAUGUGCAUGUGCGACUUGGCAGUGCUAGUUGCAGGACCAGCACUGCCUCCAGGCUAUAAAAGCAGCUGUAGCUCAGAAACUCCUGACAGUGAUGAAGACUCAGAAUCUCUUCCUCUGCCCAGAGAUGCAAACAGAGAUUCUGAAGAGGAGACAGAAGGAGAUCCAGCAUCCAAAAAGCCAAAAAGAAUUCAGGAAGACAAUGAUGAUGAUGAUGAUGAUGGCUUUUUUGGGCCUGCUCUUCCUCCUGGAUUUAAAAAACAGGAUGAUUCUCCAGAGAGGCCCAUUAUAGGUCCUGCAUUACCACCUGGCUUUAGGAAAGCUUCACAGGACACCAGGAAUAGCAGAUGUUCCAUAGGGCCGUCUGUUUCCUCAGAAUUCCAUGCCCAGGGGACAGAUAGUAGUGAGGAAGAAGAAAACCUUAUAGGCCCAAUGCCUGCAAAAGGACCAGUGGAGUCUGAUGUGACUGAAGAAUUUGAACGCAGAGCUCAGAGAAUGAAGGAAAAACUUACUUCAGCAGACAGUGAUGAAUCUAAGCAAGUUACCAGGGAAUCAUGGAUGACAGAGCUUCCACCUGAAUUAAAGAGCUUUGGUUUUGGCCCAAGAACGUUCAAGAGAAGAGCUGAUGACAAGUCAGGUGAUAGAUCUAUUUGGACAGAUACUCCAGCUGACAGAGAGAGAAAAGCCAAGGAAAGAGAAGACGCAAAAAAGUCAACCAGUAAGGAUAAUGAAGAAAUUGGCCUAUCUAGGAGAGACAAGAGGCUCAUUGAUCAGGUGACUUCAUACAAUGAGUCAAAGAGGUCAGAAUCUCUCAUGGACAUACAUCAGAAAAAGCUGAAGAGCAAAGCCUCUGAAGAGAAGAACAAACCUCAGGAAAGAAGGCCAUUUGAUCGAGACCAGGAUCUCAAGGUCAAUCGAUUUGAUGAAGCACAAAAGAAAGCCCUUAUAAGAAAAUCCAGAGAUCUGAAUACUAAAUUUGAGCACAGUAAAGGCAAUAUGUUUUUAUAAUAUAAAAGCGUGAAGCUUUUUUGAAAUGAAGUUGAUGAAACUUUGAAUACUUAUUUUUUUAAGUAUUUUUCUGUAAAUAUUUGUAUGCAGAAUAAAUAUCCUGAUUUUUAACUGUUUUUCCAUGUCUGUAAAUACUCUGUUAGGGAGGAUCACCUGUACUAAAACUAAACUGCUCAAGGAAGUCCUAGUAUAAAAAAAAUGUAAAUUUGCUACUUUAAAACAUUAGUGUGCAUUUUUUUAAAGUAUAUAAUAGGUAUUAUUUUGAGGAGCUUUAGCAUUAUCUUGCAAUGAAGUUGGUAGUUUCUCCAUGUCUUCUGCCAUGGUUAAGAUACUCUUGGUGAGCCUGACCUGAAGGCCACAGAAAACUCCCCUUUAGGUUUCUGGGCAGAACAUUGCUUUACUGGGGUUCCUGUUGGGGAGUAUAAACUCAAAUGGCAGCUUUUAUGUCUGCUCAGUGCUUUUCUUUCUAUGAUUCAGUGUCAUGUACAUAAAUGCAAGUUUGUAUAUAUGCAGUAUAAUUUCUAUUCUGUAGCAAGAAGUGCUAGUGGUAGCAGGAGUAAUAAAACCUCCAGAUUUGCAGAUUUAAUUAUAAAAUGGUAGUAUGCAAGAAGAGAAAAUCUAAUUUGAGUUUCAAUUUUCAGGGCUUAUCAACAGAAAAUCCUUUUUUAAGCAAAUACCAAGUGAAAACCAGACUAAAAGAAAGCUUGUUUUGUCAGUUAGUUUGCAGAGCAUAAAACCUCUUUGGUAUCAAAAAGGAAAUAAUCUACAUCCCUGCUUAGAGUUCUUUAGCUCUUCUGUGUGUGCAGAGCAGCUGAAGGGAGAGCUGUGUUACUUAUUUAAAUUAGACUUGCAUUUCCAUCCUUUUUUUUCUCUACUAAUGUUUGGGAUCCUUUUUGAGGAGUUAGUGAAAGUAUCUCUCUAUGAAAAUUAUUUAAUAUGCGAGACGCUGGCGUUUUGUUAAGAACUGUGACACAUUUUGCAUAUGAAAUGCCAGAGGUUUCACUGUCAUUUGGAAAAAGGCUCCCAGGACAGACAGUGUCUGGGUUGGUUCAUGCGAACAGAGCAGUGACCUGACAAGCCACAGCAACAAAUGGCCAAAAUCUUGGUAUUAUUUUACUGCACAUGUUCAUGAGCUCAAGGUGCAGCCUCCGUGUGCUGAGGACUCUUGGAGAGUUUUCAGUGUCACAAAUGAAUGCUGAUGUGCAAGGUAUUUAGAUGCUGCCUUUUUUUUUUUUUUUUUUAAUAGACCAUUUAUUUUGCCAUCUGUAAAAGCUGCUGCCUUCAGGAGGAAGAGGGACUAGUUUUGUAUUGUGGUUGUUUUUUCUUUAAUCAGCUUUUAAGUUUCUGAGCCUUUUUUGUUUUGAGGUGAGAGGAGGCUUUAAACAAGGGCUGUUUUAUUUUUCUUCCCCUUGAAUAGGCUUCUGUUAGUGCCUCAUGCUUUUUUGCCUCAGUGAACAAUUGCCCCACUGGGUUGCUACCUUCUGGGUUGUCUCCUUCCCCAUUCUGGGGAGCUCCUCUACAGCUGGGGGGUUAAAUAACACCUCUGAAGUGAUUUAGAAAAUGUAGAUUUCUUAAUUGGAAUGACAGUAUAAGGAAUGUUUGGAGCUUUUCAGGCAACUAAAGCAAUGUCAGGGUGAGCAUGGUGUGAGUAGCCAAAUCGUCAUGGUUGACCAAAAAUUAUCCUCAUGCCCAAUUUUGGAAGCCCGACUGCCUUGAGAAAUCAGACUGUUACCAGGUCUUGCCUUAUGCUGGAAAGGCUGAUCUCAUGAGCAUAUUGUGCAGUCCUCACUCCAUCAGAUAAGUCUGUGCAGGGACAAGGGCUGUUUUUAUUGAGAUCAUACUGUUGUCAUGUCCUUUGUUUUCAUUUUUAUUCAUUAGUCCCUCCUCCUCCAAAUGGAGGACUAGUCAUCAGACCUUGCAGAUGGCCAGAUCUUGCCCUCCAGCUGUGUCUCUGCAGUUUGCUCACUUUCCCUGUCCCCAUCAUCGUCUCCUGCCCUCUCCAAGGACAUGUUUAAGUGGAGGCUCUGCAGUGUUGCUCAAGAGGAGAGCUCUUGUAAUGGGAGCACAGACAAUAUGUCACACCUGGGAUGUGAGGGUCUAAUUAAUGAAGCCUUGAUGUGAGUUGGGGAACAUGUUUUCUCUCAUCUGCUUAAUCUUUUUUCCUUUUUUUCCUGCUCUGAAGCAGCCUCUCCAUGACUCGAUGAAAUCCAUGUUACAGACUUGAGAUAGGGGCAAAGUGGAAUUGUUGAGAGUUCAAGUUAAGCUUUUCAUUACUUUGUGUAAAUUGAGUGAACUUCUGAAUUACAUUAAUACACAAACUAAUCUCCUCUUACCAAUGCCAAACCAUUCCCUUGAACAGUCGUUAGAACAAAGCAGCAGCUCUAAAUUACAAGCUCUGUAAGCUUUUGUGGGAAAAGAUGAGCUGUCCUCUACAAUUUGGCCAAGCUGCAGAGCGUUUCUGGAGAUCCAGAAAAAUUUUGUUAGAAUAUGGUAUAGCAAUACUGUCACCUGUGAAAAAAUUCAAUUAUUGAGAAAAAUCUCUGCUCUUCUGGUUUAAACACCUAUUUAUGGAGGGGUUUCUUUUUGCUUCUGCUGUUGCAAUCAAUGAAUGUACUGUGUGGUGAUGUUUUUUCUGGAAGAAAUAAUAUCCAAAUAUUCCCAAAUAAUAAAGAGCAGUGGGAAUGCUUUUUAUUUAGGGCUCUGAUGAAGCCAUGUUUCUAGCACAUAAAUGUCAUUGUCCAAAUAGCUUUUUGUUCUUGAAAGAAAUGCUGAGAUGAAACAUUGACAUGUUUCUGUUCAGUAGAAAAAGGGGUUUUCCAUAUAAAAGAAGUUUCAGAACGAUCCAGAGGGAUCAAGGAGACCAGGGCUACUUGUGCUCGGGGACUUGUUUUGUUUUUGAAAGGUAAGCUUUGUUAUUUCUGUCCAGUCAAUUCUCAAUUUUAUGUCGAUGUAAGAUUAAUAUACAUUAAAAAUCAGAAUCUUUGAAAAUCUUCUGUAUGUGCAUUGUUAAUUUCAGCCACCCCAUCUGCGUGUACAGUAUUAGUUUCUAGUUGCAUGAUUACCUUAUUCUCAAAUAAAACAUAUUCAUGUGA